AUGGAUACUCCUGUCUUAUUGACAGAUCGACAAGUACAAGAGUUUUUAAUCAAUGGCUAUUUGUUUCUCCAGCCAAAAUCUCUCGAUGAAAAUUUUCAUUCCACAAUAUUUACACAAACUUUAUCUGUAGUUCAGCAAGAAGGCAAUCCAGGAAAUAAUAUUCUUCCACGAGUUCCUCUACUUCAACGUCUAUUCGAUGAUCCAGUAAUUACAGGUGCAUUAGAGAGUUUAUUAGGUUCAAAUUACGCUAUGCAACCUCAUCGACAUCCUCAUUUAACGAGUCCAGAAUCAGACGACCAGUCAUGGCAUAAAGAUAGUUUCUUUGGUUAUCGAAAACUACUUCGUCAUCAUCAGUUACGCUAUGUAAUGAUUAUGUAUUAUCCUCAAGACACAACCAUUGAGAUAGGUCCUACAAGUAUUAAACCUCGAACGCAAUACGAUGUUAUGGAUCCACAAAUAUAUCAACACAAUAAAACACUUGAAAAUAGUGAUGCAAAGAACGAUGAUAAGAACGAUAUUUAUAUUGUUUGUAGGGUUGGUACUAUGGUAUUAAUUCAUUAUGAUAUUGUACAUAGAGGAACAGCAAAUACAUCAAGCAGUUCAUAUCGUUUUAUGUUCAAGUUUCAAUUUAAUAGAAUGAAAGAACCUACUUAA